AUGGGGCAGCAACACAUUGACGAGCUUCUCGAACGCUAUCUCGGCCUGCUGGAUGAAUAUACCCAACUGCGCCAAACCUUGUCGCAACUACAGUCUGGUGUCUAUCAGAACAUCGCCCGCGCAAAUUUUUCUGGAGAGAGAGGCAUGAGAUACGGUCAGGACCACUACGAUGAGAGAAUGCAAGCAAUAAGGCUUUUGUCUAUAGGCCAAAAUGAGCAUCAAAGUCCGGUUUUCUCACUCUUCAACACCCCUGAGGAGGAGGAGGAGGAAAAAGGAAAGGGGAAAGAGGAAGGGGAAGGGGAAGAACAGAGCAAAAGCUCGGCCACUGAGGAACUCAAACAAGGCCCAAAGUCAGAGACCAAAGAAGAAAAGCCAGCAGAAAAGAAGCGCAAGAACAAGAAUCCUCUGCAUUGGCAGUUGAGGAUGUCAUCCCUAGGCUAG